GCAUUUUUCUUCUUGUCUAUUUAAUAUGCAAGUCAUUUUUCGUUUAAUAAGUAAUCGUGAAGUGUGUCACACGGUAUUGUGAAUUUUUUUCCGUUUUUUUAAAUGAAAACGCACCUUAAAAUAAAGUUUAAAGAAGGGUCGAUGACUAAACUGAUAAAAGAAAAGAAAUUAUCAACCAUCAUCAACUGUUAACUGAUAAGUGUGAUAACGAGUUGGAAGAAGUUCAGUUUGUCACCGAACAACGAUGAUUCGUGACCGAAUGCCCGACUUGCAAAUACAACAAAGGAACAAUAAUUUUCUAAACAGAAGCAAUUCAUUUUUGCAAGAUGUACAAAUUCAGAUUCGACAAGACAAAAAACUCAAUCAGGUUCUUGAAGAUUCUGAGGAAAUUCGUAAUAUGAUACAACUUUUGGCUGAUAAUAUCGUGAAAGUAAAGGAAAUGCAAAAUAAUGUACUCACACACACGAAUAGAGGAUUUCAAAUGGAAUUGGAGAAUCGAAUUUUUACCAUUUCCCAAACAUCGAAACGAAUUCAAAGAAAACUUGUAGAAAUGGGAAAGCAGACGAUAAAAGUCGACGAACUCACAAUUGAAAGUGCAGCCGAUGGUCCAGCUCAUAAAAGAAUAAAAAUUCUCCAAUAUACCACAAUGCUGAAACUUUAUUCAGAUAUUAUACAAGAUUACAACGAGACUUUAAUUAAAUACCACGAAAAAUGCACAGCAUUAUUACAGCAACAAAGACUCUUAAUUCGAAGGCAAAUAUCGAGCGAAGAAUUCGAAGAAUUAAUGGACGCGCAAGAAACGAGUCUUUUUGUUGAUAACAUUUUAGUUGAUAUUCAAAUAACGAAGCAACAAUUGUCUGAUAUGGAAACGAGGCACAAGGAAGUGAAAAAAUUGGAAAAAUCUAUAACCGAAAUUCGUGACAUGUUUGUCGAUGUUGCUUUUUUAAUUCAAGAGCAGGGAGAACAAAUAAACAGUGUGGAAUUUUUCGCUGGAAAAACGAUGGACAAUAUUGACAGUGGCGGUCAAGAUCUUAAAGAGGCUAAGAAAAAGAGCGCAAAACUCCGAAAGGUACAAAUUUAAUAGAAAUUUUUUUUCUCAUUCCUCACCUUUCUUUCCUUUCCACUUUGAAUUGUUUUUCUUAAAAUUUUCCUUCUCUUUCUUCAUCAUUUUAAUUUAUUUUUCUCUUCUCUCCUUUAUUUCAAUUUUUUUUUCU